AUGGCUGUAGAAGCAGACUCUGCGCUCAUCCGAGAUGGUUCGAAUCGUAUGGAUGAAGAAUUGUUGCUUGAAAAUGCGCCGUUAUCGCAAAAAUUGCGUAAUUUAACAUACCUGACAUUCUUACUACUUGGCGUCGCAUUACUGUGGCCGUGGAACAGCUUUCUCAGCGCCACAUCCUACUUUCAACAGGACGUUUUCGGUGGCACGUCAAUCUAUGCCAAAAUUUACGUGAGUACGAUGAUGAGUAUCUCGACAAUAUCCUCUGUGGUAAUAAAUCUGUGGCUGUCACGCAGACAGCAUAGUUAUUCACAGAGAGUUGUGAGGGGACUUGUGUGGGAAGUCCUCGUUUUUGGCAGUCUGUGUGCCUUGGUCUCGCUUCACAAACUGCUACCUCAAGGGGUCGUGUUUUCUAUCCUUAUGAUACUCGUGCUGGUGAGCGCAGCGGGAACAGCAAUGACUCAAAAUGGAUGCAUGGCAAUUGCCAAUCUGUUCGGCAGCGAGUUUAGUCAAGCGGUGAUGAUGGGCCAGGCAGUUGCAGGGUUCCUGCCCUCAAUCGCGCUUUUCGGGCUCUCAUUCAUUGGCGAAGUCAAGUCACAAAGCUCUCUCGGAAUCUUUGUGUUUUUCCUUACCACGGUGCUGAUAUCGAUCGCCGCAACCGUGGCGUACAGGGCGGGUAAAGUAGGUGCCUGUGACAGCUCCGAUUUGGCUCCUCCUCACAGUUACGAAGACCAGAACAAACAAAACACCGUACCUUUUGCGGUGCUUUAUUCGAAGCUAAAAUAUGUUGUUCUUGCCAUUUUCACGGCUUUCGUGGUCACUUUAACUUUCCCAGUAUUUGCUGCCAACACCUUAGUCAUGGGACUGCCGCUGCAUAAUUCGCAAUUCAUUCCUCUGGUUUUCACAAUCUGGAAUCUGGGCGAUCUUUAUGGCAGAAGCAUUUCUGACCAUUGGGUAUUUCAGAGCACCUUUUUCACGCCUUGGAAAAUCUUCCUGUACUCUGUGGGUAGAUUUUUACUCGUCCCAAUCUUUUUCUUUUUCAACAUCAAUGGCACGUCGCACACCUCUAACCGCGUGUUGUCCGAUAUGUGUUACCUGUUGCUCCAAUUUAUAUUUGGCGUCACAAACGGGAAUGUCGUCUCCAUCAGCUUCAUGAAAGUUCCCACACUUCUUCAAACCGAUCAAGAGCGGAAAGCGGCCGGAGGCUUCACCAACAUUUUUCUUUCCACCGGCUUGGCUCUGGGAAGCGUUGUGAGCUACGGUCUAGUAUUUUUUCUGGAAUCCUACAAAUAA